UUGCUUCUUUUCACCCUCUCACGGUCUAUUACUGUUUGUAUUUCAACAAAAAAAAAACAGAGAGCAAACCCUAGAUCGUGUGUAAAAAUGGAGAGGAAUCUCGUGGGAUAUAGGUUUAGUCCUACGGGAGAGGAAGUGAUCAACUAUUACCUCAAGAACAAGAUUCUUGAUAAACCAUGGCUCGUCAACGAAGCCAUUAACGAGAUCAACAUCUGUGCUUACGAUCCAGAGUCCUUGCCUUCGUUAUCGAAGCUGGAAUCGAAGGAUCUUGUAUGGUACUUCUUCACUCCCAGGGAGUACCACGCAUCUGAGAAGAAGAAGGGAACGAAGAGGACAACUCCUUCUGGGUAUUGGAAAGCUACUGGUGUUGAUCGGAAGGUCAAGGAUAAGAGAGGGAAUGGUGUGGAGAUUGGGAUCAAGAAGACGCUUGUGUACCAUCAUGGUAAAUCAGCUAAUGGUGUUUGGACUCCCUGGGUCAUGCACGAGUAUCACAUCACGUCCUUGCCUCCUACUCAGAGGAACUAUGUUAUCUGCCAAGUAAUGUACAAGGGUGCCGACGGAGACAGUUUGUACGGUAAUAACUCCAAUGAGUUGGUCUCUGCUUCCAAUACUGGCAGAGUGAUUAACACAACCCCUGUGGCUGAGCAACGAAGGGACAAAGAUCUCUAUAUAUCUGUUGAUGAUUUGGCCAACCCACUGAAUGAGCAGGAUGAUGUCUCUCUAUUCAAUCCAGACACGUUUUUCAACGACAACUACUGCCCUUACCAGCAGCCGCAAGCUCCCUGGGAUGAUGAUUAUAUCAAUGAACUGCUGAGUUUUAACGGAGGGAACUAUGAUGAUGUGCUACGCGAUCCAGACAUCACAAUGCAAGAGCACCGCAACGAUCACAGGCCAAAGAAAGCUUUGACAGGGAUCAUUGUUGGUUGUAGCAGUGACAGCGAUGAUGCUGAAUCCAUAUCUGCAACGAGUUACCAAGGAACAUCAAGUCCAGAUAGCUUUCAUAGUUUGAGUGGGAAGUUCCACUCUAGUGCAGACGAGAUUCCAUCUUUGAGGAAAGACUCUGUCACAGAUAUUCAACCUCCGGCAGAAACUUCUAUUAAUGGAAAGACCCGGAAAUCUCGGCGCACCAUACCAUCAAAACUAGAGGUGAAAGAAAGCAAGUCUAGAAUCAUUAAUGCAUCCAUGGAGAAGAAGUCAUCAGCAUCAUUAUCUAUGUUGAAGACAGAGAAGAUGGGCUGGUUUAUUACAGAGGAACCAGUGGACAGAAGAACCCGCAAGAAUCCACCGUAUAUCUAUCUCAUGAACAUGAUCAUAGGCUUCAUCCUCUUGAUGGCUGUCAUUAGCAACAUCAUAUCCGUUUUACUAAGCGUCAAAACUUGAAACUGCUGGUGAAGUUUGAUUGCGAGGAGAGGCAUAGUAGAUGGAAGCACUUGUUUUUAUUUGGCUUUUUUCUGAUUCUAUUUUUGUUUUGAAUGUGUAAUAAUAUAUUUGUGUGUAUGUAUGUAUCUAUGAGCAAUAGAUGGAAAUUCAAUUGUUCUUCUGAAACUA